GAUGUGUGCCGUGGAUGACAAGCGUCCAGCACGUCGCAACAACAGCAGCGCAGCGGCGGCUGUGGAGCAGCUCUUCCCCGCUCAUCACCCCGACACUCCGAGCUCUCCGAGGAUCGACCCCCCCGCGCCGCGUCCCAGCAUGGCCACCCACACGACGGCGUCCUGCACCGGGUCCACUCUGCUGCAGCCCAUCAGCGAGAUCAUCAAUCUGCCUCUGGACCAGGUGAACUUCGUGGCCGGCCAGCUGUUCGCCCUGCUGAUGGCCGUGUGGUUCCGGAUCUACCUCCACCCCAGCAAGACCAGCCCCUUCGUCCGACACGUGGUGGCCACGCUGCUGGGCUUCUACCUGGCCCUCUUCUGCUUCGGCUGGUAUUCCCUCCACUUCCUGGUCCAGAGUGGGCUGUCCUACAGCGUCAUGGUCUUCGCCGGUCUGGAGCACAUGCACAAGUACUGCUUCAUCGUGACGCUGGGCUACCUGAUCCUGUGCCAGAUCACCAGAGUCUACGUCUUCGACUACGGCAUGUACUCAGCAGACUUCACCGGACCCAUGAUGGUCAUAACGCAGAAGAUCACCAGCAUGGCGUUCGAGAUCCACGACGGUUUGACCAAACGAGAGGGGCAGCUGACCCCCAGCCAGAAAUACCUCGCUAUCAGCCGGAUGCCCAGUCUGCUGGAGUACCUGAGCUACAACUGUAACUUCAUGGGCAUCCUGGCCGGGCCCACCUGCUCCUACAACGACUACAUGGCCUUCAUCGAGGGGACGGGCUACCAGCCGCGCCACCAGGACAACGCCAACGCCAACGGCAAGGAGAACGGGAAGUGCCGACAGAGCGAGCCGUCCUCCAAGAACGACGUGGUGUCCAAACUGUGCACGUGCGCCGUCACGCUGGCCAUCUACCUGUCGCUGUGCAAGCUGCUGCCGGUGGAGCGCUGCAUCGACGAGGACUUCGUCAACAACACGCCGUUCCACCUGCAGGUCCUCUACCUGUACCUGGCCAUGCUGGCCCUGCGGCCCAAGUACUACUUCAUCUGGACUCUGGCCGACGCCAUCAACAACGCCGCCGGCUUCGGAUUCAACGGCUACAACAAGGACGGCUCGCCGCGCUGGGACCUGAUCUCCAACCUGAGGAUCCUGGACAUCGAGUUUGCCACCAGUUUCAAGCUCUUCCUGGAUAACUGGAACAUUCAGACGUCUCUGUGGCUCAAAAGAGUGUGUUACGAGCGUUGUCCCAUCAACCCCACCGCCGCCACCUUCCUGCUAUCAGCCAUGUGGCACGGCGUUUACCCCGGAUACUAUCUCACCUUCCUCACCGGCAUCGUCAUGACGAUGGCCGCACGCGCAGUGCGACACAACAUCCGGCCGUACUUCCUGGGCUCCGCCUCCCACAAGUGUGUGUACGACGUGCUGACGUGGCUGGCCACCCAGGUGGCCAUCAGCUACACCGUGGUGCCGUUCGUGCUGCUGGCCGUGGGGCCGUCGCUCCACUUCUACAGGUCCUGGUACUUCUGCCUCCACCUGCUGUGUCUGCUGGUGGUCCUGGUUCUGCCGGUCCGGUCGAGACGCCGGCAGCCCCCGGAGCCGCGGGACGCCGUCCAGGAGGAGCGCCGGGCCGACCACAACAGCACGGACAACAACUGCAACCAGAAGGACAAGGCCACAUGAGGCCGGCGGCACGAGCGCUGAGGCGGCGGCGGCGGCGCCGUCCACCCCGCCGCCAAACCCGAUAUCUCCCAGAAUCCGACCAGACACAACCCACAAGUCUCCAGCUCGUCCAGCCCUCCAGUAGCAAGGACCACCGCACCUCCGACACGGACAGGACCCCUCCCCGAGCGCCCGGGGGCGGCGGAACGCAGGACUCAAGCUGCCUUAAACCCUCCACGUACUGGACGUGCGGGCGGAGCGGCGUGGGGCGGGGCUGGGCGGGGCGGGGGCGGGGCGGGGCGGUAUGUGGAGGGUUUGUGUGGUGGUCUGGAUCUGGAUCUGGAUCUGGAUCUGGAUCUGGAUCUGACAGAAGAAACCUUGAUCAUCAGCUGCCAACUUCAAACUAACAGCCUUAGAUCUGUGACUCCGCCCUCCACCACACUACUGAUCCAUCCUCUCUGGGGGUUCGUGAUGCAUUGACUGUGGGGGGGUUUGGGGGGGGCUUCGAUGAUGGAGUUCUGUUUUUUUGUUUUUUUUAAUACCUGCUGCUUUAGUUCUGACUGCCGGGACUCGUCAGAUGAUGGUGUGUUUCAAAGGGACUUCAUUUCUCCUGGGCUGGAUCGGCGGUUCUCAAAGUGUGGGGCCGGGGCCCCGACAGAGGCCCUCGGACAGACGGUUGGGGGUCUGGGAGGGGGGGGGUCUUCAUCAUGUUUUUCAGAAUAGGAAUGAAAAAGUGAAGGAUUUCAACAAAAUCCACAUUUUGAGGUGCAGAUACUUCAGAUUAAAAGCUUCUGACUUGCAGAAGAAAGAGUUUCUUCACCUUUGAACCUCAGUAGUGGGUUCGGGGGGGUGGUGGGGGGGGGUGAUGGGGGGGUCUCGUCCACUCACACUCUGAGAACAGCUGAAUCAGCUCUUGUUUUUCUUCUGUUGGGGUAGAGCCGUGUGUUUUCUGUUGGAUCUGCUCUUAUUGUUCACACUACCAGAAUCCCCCGCGUUGCUUCUCUAACACCGGUUUCCAGACACGACGUAUUAAAAAAGGGGUGAACUAAUCCUACUGGAGCGGGGAGACGCGGCGGGGCGUGGAUGUCCUCGUCCAACAGCUGUACAGUCGGGGUCAGAGGUCAGCUUUCUGUUCAGAGCGAGGCUUUUCCCGCCAUGACCGUCACAAGCCGGUCGGACGGAAGGGAGAAGAGGCGUGCACGUGCUGCGGCGCGCACGUGGCUUCAGGGUGCGUCUACUGUACGGUGGAAGACACACCGGUUCCUCACCUUCAUCCUCCACUCCACACUUUAACAGCAGGGGUGUCACACGGCGGAGGCCAGCUCCUUCGCGUCCCUCUGAGACUUUCUAACAUUUGCAUCGUCCUGCCAUGACUCUGUGUGUGUGUGUGUAUGUGUGUGUGCGUGCGCGUGUGUGUAGCAGUAUUCAUGUGAUCCGUACAUGUGGAUGUGAUCUGGAGUGAACUCUACUUGUAGCCGGGCGCUGUGUACCUGAGAGCGGCCCUCCGUCAGUACCGGGACUCAUCCUGCCGACACUGCAUGGCCCCAACCAGCAGAUCAAUGCAAACUGCUCCAUGUGUCCCAAGUGCCAAACCAUGACCGGCGCAUCUCCUUUUUUCUUUAUUCCGUGUGUUUGUGGCGUGCACGAGGGCCUGCGUGUGCGUGUGUGUGUGCGUUGGUGUGUGUGUAUGUGUGUGUGUGUGCACGCGCGCCUGUGUUACAUGAUGGUUAUUUUUGUGUCAGAAGGAAAUUUAUUGAAAGAUUUGUAUAACAGUUCAUUAAAAUUCUGAUUUAUGUGGCAAAAUAAAGAGAAAUUAUUUUUAAACACUAA